AACACUCCCAAACAUUGAGCCCAUCUAGAACCAGUCUAUCAAAAUGUCGACCAUUAAUCGAAAUUAUCAUAUAGCGACUAUUUCGUCUUUGUUGUCUCGUUCUUUCUCUCCGCACUUCAAGAGAAAGUAACGGAAGCGGGUGAUACCUACCGUUUCGCCUCUUUCCAUUUUCAUCACUGGUUCAUGGUUCAGUGAUAGAUCCAGAUACUAACAACAAAGCGACGUUCCCACACAGGCCGCACUAGGUCUCAGGGAACGCGCCCGAUUCAUUUGGUAUUAUUAUCGUCAGUUUUGGAAGAGGAUCGAUUCGGUUUCUAUUCUAUUUCUACAUUGUUAGCAGCCAUGGCCUCGGAAUCAGACAGACCCACGCCACGAGGUGACGAUUUACCGGGAGGCUGGAUUGAAACGCCUGCAGACCCUGCUCGCGAGAAGUCCUUUAUUGGUGGCCGACAGCACUCGCAUAUCAACACGCAAAGUCGCACAGAAGAAACAGAUCACGACCGGUCCGGCACCGUCGGUACAUAUAGUGCGUACAACCCAGGAGCGGAUUCUAAACCUACAUCACCAGAAAUCCGGGAAUCUGCCCAAUUCAGUUCUGCGAGUAACAGUACUGCCGUGCCCUCGCCCAUUGAGACCGACAGUAGGGUGGGAGGCAACGAGACCAAGGAACUAGCCGAAGAACAUCGUGGAUCUUCCGAACUUGAGAUUGACUCGGAAGAAGAUGGCUAUGCUGCAAUCAAGCCUGCGAAACGGCCCCAACUCCAGGGGGAAGGGUCCAAGCCUGUCACAGAAGAAGAUUUGUUUAGGGUCCUAUCACAACGUCGAUCGAGCUUGGGUCGAACCAAUACCGCUACAAGUACCCACGAAGAGCAGGAAGAAAUCAACAGAUUAAUGUCUCGUAUGUUUGGACGCACUCGUCAGGAAACAUCUGAAGAAGAGAAAACGAGGCACGUUGGCGUUGUUUUCAAGAAUCUCACCGUGAAGGGCAUGGGCAUAGGGGCCGCACUACAGCCAUCCGUGGGCGACGUGUUCCUUGGGCUCCCUCGAUUUCUUAAGAAUCUUAUCACCAAAGGUCCGAGACAGGCUGCCGGAAAGCCGCCCGUUCGUACCAUCCUAGAGAACUUUUCUGGCUGCGUCAAACCUGGGGAGAUGUUGCUCGUCCUAGGUCGACCCGGCGCUGGAUGUUCCACAUUCUUGAAAAUCCUCGGAAACCAACGGUUUGGUUUUGAGGAAAUAUCCGGAGACGUCACAUAUGGAGGAACUGAUGCCCAUGAAAUGGCUAAGAGGUAUCGAAGUGAGGUUCUCUACAAUCCGGAAGAUGAUCUACAUUACGCUACGCUGAAGGUCAAAGAUACCCUCAGCUUUGCAUUGAAGACUCGGACUCCGGGGAAGGCCUCCAGGAAAGAAGGAGAAUCGAGGGCCGAUUACGUCCGCGAAUUCCUACGAGUCGUCUCCAAACUCUUCUGGAUAGAACACACAAUGGGCACCAAGGUUGGAAACGAAUUUGUACGUGGAGUAUCUGGAGGUGAAAAGAAACGAGUCAGUAUUGCAGAGGCGAUGAUCACAAAAGCAAGUGUGCAAUCUUGGGACAAUUCGACUAAAGGGCUUGAUGCAAGUACUGCUUUAGAGUAUGUACAGAGUUUGCGUUCGCUCACUAACAUGGCCAAUAUUUCUACUUCGGUUGCAUUGUAUCAGGCUGGAGAGUCACUAUAUAAACUUUUCGACAAGGUUCUUCUGAUCGAUGAAGGUCGCUGCUGCUACUUCGGACCAACAGAAAAGGCGGCUGCCUACUUCAAGAAGCUGGGAUUCGUGCAACCAGACCGUUGGACAACGGCGGAUUUCUUGACAUCAGUAACGGACGAGCAUGAACGGCACAUUGCAGACGGUUGGGAAGAUCGCUUUCCUCGAACCCCCGCCCAGUUCGGCAAAUCCUUUUUGGAAUCGGAGCAGAAUGAGGCCAAUUUUGCUGAGAUCAAGGAGUUUGAGCGAGAGACUGAGCGCAUGAUCGAGGAACGGCGAGCGGCACGCACCAAGGCUACGAAGAAAAAGAACUACACCCUUGGUUUCCACAAACAGGUAACUGCAUGCACCAAGAGACAGUUCCUUGUCAUGGUAGGCGACAAGCAGUCGCUUGCUGGAAAGUGGGGUGGUAUUCUUUUUCAGGCUUUGAUCGUUGGAUCCCUCUUCUACAACCUGCCAGACACUGCCCAGGGUGUCUUCACUCGCGGUGGUGUCAUCUUCUUCAUGCUCCUCUUCAAUGCUCUUUUGGCUCUUGCCGAACUUACUUCCGCCUUUGAGAGCAGACCGAUUUUACUCAAGCACAAAAGUUUUAGCUUCUAUCGACCUGCUGCAUACGCAAUCGCACAGACCGUGGUUGACGUGCCUCUGGUUUUGAUCCAAGUAUUCAUUUUCGACAUCGUGGUCUACUUCAUGGCUCAUCUACAGAGAACAGCAUCACAGUUCUUCAUCUCCCUUUUAUUCCUUUGGAUUCUUACCAUGACGAUGUAUGCAUUCUUCCGAGCUAUUGGAGCCCUUGUUGGUUCUCUGGAUGUCGCAACGAGGAUUACUGGUGUUGCCAUCCAAGCGUUGAUUGUCUAUACUGGUUACUUGAUCCCACCGAAUAAGAUGCACCCAUGGUUCUCCUGGCUGCGAUGGAUCAAUCCAGUUCAGUACGGAUUUGAAGCGCUCAUGGCCAAUGAAUUUUACAACCUGGAGAUCCAAUGCGUCCCCCCAUAUAUCGUACCACAGAUACCGGGUGCACAGCCGCAAUAUCAAUCUUGUGCUAUCCAAGGAAGUACCCCAGGGUCUCUCAUGGUUCGCGGAGCCGAUUACAUUUCGGUUGCUUUCCAAUACUCUCGCUCACAUUUAUGGCGUAACUUUGGCUUCAUUUGUGCCUUCUUCCUCUUCUUUGUUUUCCUUACCGCUCUCGGUAUGGAACUUCAGAAGCCAAACAAGGGCGGAGGUUCUGUGACAAUUUUCAAACGUGGUCAAGUUCCCAAGACUGUGGAGAAGGCCAUGGAGGUGAAAGCCGAGCCCGUGGACGAAGAAAAAGGCAAAGAGCACGAAGCCGGAACAGGAUUCAGUAAAGAUGAAUCCAGCGACAGUGGCGACGGUAAAGCUGUCCAUGGAGUCGCCAAGAAUGAAACCAUCUUCACCUGGCAGAAUGUUGAUUAUACGAUUCCUUACGAGAAAGGGGAACGAAAGCUCCUUCAAAAUGUUCAGGGAUACGUAAAACCAGGAAAACUGACAGCCUUGAUGGGUGCAUCGGGAGCUGGCAAGACAACGCUCCUCAACACGCUAGCUCAACGAAUCCGAUUUGGUGUUGUGACCGGAGACUUUCUUGUAGAUGGUCGUCCUCUUCCUUCUUCAUUCCAACGUUCGACAGGCUUUGCUGAACAAAUGGAUAUCCACGAAUCAACCGCUACGGUCCGAGAGGCGCUGAGAUUCUCGGCUAAGCUACGACAGCCUAGGGAAGUGCCUAUCCAGGAGAAGUACGAUUACGUUGAAAAGAUCAUUGAUCUUCUCGAAAUGAGGGACAUUGCAGGUGCUGCCAUUGGAAAGGCCGGUUCUGGACUAAACCAAGAGCAACGCAAGCGGGUUACAAUUGGAGUCGAGCUGGCUUCCAAACCAGAGUUACUCAUGUUUUUGGACGAGCCCACUUCGGGUCUCGAUUCAGGAGCAGCCUUCAACAUUGUCCGGUUCUUGCGUAAGCUUGCCGACGCUGGCCAGGCUAUUCUUUGCACCAUCCACCAGCCUUCAUCUGUACUGUUCGAGCAUUUCGACCAGCUCCUUCUCCUCAAGAGCGGUGGUCGAACGGUAUACUUUGGAGAGCUAGGCAAAGACAGUCGGGUACUAUUGGACUAUCUCAACCGCAACGGUGCGAAGAAAUGCCCACCCAAGGCUAACCCCGCAGAAUACAUGCUCGAGGCUAUCGGUGCUGGUAACCCUGACUAUAAAGGGCAAGACUGGGGCGAUGUUUGGGCAUCUUCACCGGAGAAUGACAGGCUUUCCAGUGAAAUUCAGGAGAUCACUAAGAAUAGGCGGGAGAAUUCCAACAGUGGGAAGCUCAGUGACGAUAGAGAGUACGCUAUGCCACUCUCUACACAACUAGUCACGGUGAUCCACCGAAGCUUUGUGGCGAUGUGGCGCGAUCCGCCAUACGUCGUUGGCAUGUUCAUGCUCCACAUCAUCACUGGUCUUUUCAACAGCUUCACGUUCUGGCACCUCGGAAAUGGUCAGAUUGACAUGCAAUCGCGGCUGUUCUCCGUGUUCAUGACUCUCACGAUAUCUCCUCCACUAAUCCAGCAACUCCAGCCCCGAUUCCUGAACAUGCGCAAGAUCUACGAAUCUCGUGAAGGAAAUGCCAAGAUCUACUCCUGGGUAGCAUUCGUUUGGGGCUCCAUCUUGAGUGAGAUCCCGUACCGUAUUGCUGCGGGUACCAUAUACUGGUGCUGUUGGUACUGGGCCACGUGGUUCCCACGCGACACUUAUACCUCUGCAAGCAUCUGGCUCUUUACCAUGGUGUUUGAGUUGUACUACCUUGGCUUUGGCCAGGCCAUUGCAGCGUUCAGUCCAAACGAACUGCUCGCUUCGCUUUUCGUGCCUCUGUUCUUUACAUUCAUUGUGUCCUUCUGCGGUGUUGUGGUGCCGUACGCAGGGCUGCCGGUUUUCUGGCGGAGCUGGAUGUAUUGGCUCACGCCGUUCCAUUACCUGCUCGAGGGAAUGUUGGCACUGCUCACAGAUGGCAUACCCAUUCGAUGUGCGCGCGAAGAGCUCGCGAUAUUCCCGCCUCCGCCCGGACAGGAUUGUCAAUCAUAUGCCGGUAGUUUCGCGCAGCAAUCUGGCGGAUAUGUAGAGACCCAGGCGAAUGGGAACUGCGGCUUUUGUCAAUACUCGAGUGGAACGCAAUUUGCAGCCUCGUUUAACGUUCUGCCGUCCCAUAUCUGGCGGGACUUUGGCAUCAUGUGUAAGUGUUCACCAGGGUUUUUCCCAUUCAACAUCCUACGAUGAUAUGGGACAGCGGAGCUGACGAUUGCACAGGGAUAUUCAUAUUCUUCAAUUUUGCCGUAGUUUUCAUCUGCACAUGGCUGUAUCUGGGGGGCCUGCGGAAGAUUAAGUC